GCAUCCCACGGCAAUUUUUCUCCAAUUUGACAUUCUAGGAAAAUUACCCCUGGUGUGAAAUGCACCAAAUUUGCUGAAAAGGGAAAGAGGGGUUGGUUGACACACAGUGUCCGCCCACGGGUUCCAAGCCCCCUCCCUAAGGACCACUAUUUAGAUCCAUUCCCCUCUUUCACCCAUUGCUGCGAACCUCAUCCUCACGUUUUCACGAACUUAAUUUUUCCCCAUUAAUUCGUAACAAUGACUUCUGAGCAAACGUGAGUCUUUCCAUUCAAAAAUCCCAUCUCCUAAGUAUCUUUAGUUGACUUUCUUAUCCCGAAUCUAGUUUCAUUGCGUGAGCUACCGGACUAUGGCACUUUUUUGAGAGACUUUUACUGACCCCUGUGCCCGGCCAAAGCAUCAAGCCUGAUGGUGUGUUUUCAUCCACUUUGUAUCGUGGGCUUGUUGGUCCCAUCGUCUCUCGUUUUGAGCAGAGGGGAUACAAACUUGCUGCCAUCAAGCUCGUCACCCCCAGCAAGGAGCACCUCGAGCAGCACUACGCGGACCUUUCUGACAAGCCAUUCUUCCCUGGGUGAACAUGCUCUCUGGACCUAUCUGCGCCAUGACGCUGUUAAGACUGGACGCGUUCUCCUCGGCGCCACCAACCCUUUGGCAUCUGCCCCCGGUACCAUCCGUGGUGACUACGCUAUUGAUGUCGGACGUAACGUCUGCCACGGAUCUGACUCGGUUGAGAAUGCCCAGAAGGAGAUCGACUUGUGGUUUUCCAAGGAAGAUCUUGUGACCUACAAGCAGUCACAGCACUCUUGGAUCUACGAGAAAUAGAUAUUGUUCCCUCUCAUAAGUCAGGUGUUUGAAUACUGGCUCUAGAUAGUUUUGCUUCUUCGUUAGUUUAAGAUACGGGGCAUGCUAGAUGGAGAAUCAGGAGAAUGGAAUCCCUGAAAUAAAAAUAAAAUAAAAGAAGUAUUUCUAUCAAA